AUGCCACCCACGAAAACACAAACACAUCCAGACAUCCAACCUGUCACAGAAGACAGGAGGUCUCUCACAGUCAAGUCGCUGGAUGACCGGUAUGUGCUGCUCAAGAACAUCGGCAAAGGCUCAUUUGGCCAUGUGUCGCUCGCACGGGUCAGAUCAAAGGCCGCCAUGGAGAACGAGGACAUGCGCGCAGGCUCCAUGGUUGCCAUCAAAACCAUGAAGAAGAAACUCGCGGCCAUCGACGACUACAACCUCCUGCGAGAGGUCGAGUUCAUCCGUGAAGUGCGCCCCCACCGCUUCCUGGUCAAUGUGCACGACAUGUUUGUGGACUCGGUCAACCACCACUUUCAUAUGUCAAUGGAGGUCAUGGAAAUGAACCUCUACAACCUCAUGAAGGCACAGGAGAAGGUGCCGUUCCAGCCCCACGCCGUACGGUCCAUGCUGUGGCAAAUCAUCUGCGGUAUUGACCACAUCCAUCGCCAUAACUUCUUCCAUCGAGACAUCAAGCCUGAAAACAUCCUGGUGUCUCGUUAUCUCCCCUACCACAACGAGAACUCCUCUUCCCCACACUCGGGAUUCCGGAUCAAAAUUGCCGACUUUGGACUGUCCCGUCACAUUGAAGACAGAGACCCUUACACAGCUUACGUGUCCACCAGAUGGUACCGCGCCCCCGAGAUUCUCCUCCGGUGCGAGUACUACUCUGCUCCCGUGGACAUCUGGGCCUUUGGAGCCAUGGCUGCCGAGGUGGCAAAUCUAAAGCCGCUGUUCCCCGGCACCAACGAGCUGGACCAGUUCAGCCUCCAGGUGGCAUUGUUGGGCACCCCCGGCCAAAACUCUCUCGGAGGUCGAUGGAGUCGACACCCAGAGUUAUGUUCCAAGCUCAACAUUAAUAUUGACGCCCAAACUGGCCAAAGCUCCAACAGCAUCAUGUGCAAUCCUGAACACGCUUCGCUAACCGAUGUGGUGCUCAUGUGCCUCACGUGGGACCCAGACGCUCGGUGCUCCGCUCGUGACAUUAUGUACCACCGGUACUUUGCCCAAGAGUCAUCAAUCGAGGUGCCCCGCACUCUCAAGCGCAGCCCCCUCCGCAUCACCAAACAGGCAGCCAUGAACCCCCAUGGCGACCCACCCAUUCUGAUGGACCCCAGUCUCCGCCACAAUAACAGCAAUGCUAACAACAGUGCCAUCGUUCCUACUUUGGCUUCUUCCCUCAAACAGAACCAGGGUCUCCAGAUGAACAAGUCGCAUCUCUCUGGUGUCAAUGGAAGCACCAAGAGGAACAGCCUGUCUGGGGCUGCUGCCGCUGCCGCCAUGUCCAUGUCCUUGUCCCUUGCAUCCAAGAACUCUUCUGUCAAUUCUGGAGGUGCAGGCUUCCUGGCCGGUGCAGCCCCUGCCAAGAAGAAGUUUGGCCAUUGGGCCAACAUUUUUAAAAGAGACUCCGAUGUGGCUUCCUCUGAACUGGAGCGGGUAGGUCCCAACAAGGAGAACGUUCCGAGCAUUGUUCCGACGCAGACCCCCAACAGAGGAGCUGGCGGGGUAGGUAUCGUGCCCAAGAUCCCACUGCCUCAGCUGCCGCCUCUUGAAACCAUUGCUGCAUCCAUCGAGAGCCUAUCCAUCGAGGCCAGGUCUACAAACACCACACUGACUGAGCGGAUGACAUCGGGACCGCCAACAGGAGGGACUAGCGACAGCGAGUGGAGCACCACCAACGCUAGCAUCUCCGAAAGCGUGGGCCACGACAGUGGGGCUGGGAGCAGUGGUGCUGUGGACAAGGGGAGUACUGGAACAACUAAUUUCGAAGUUGAGGCCUUAAUGGAGAGUACCGAGGCCCGAGUGACUGUCAAGACACUCCCCCAAACCCCGGACAGCGCCUCAUCAUACGACCAGAUGCCUCCUCCCCCCCUCCCUCUUCCAAAGGUGAGAGUGACGGCCAAGCCUCUCAACGCCAUAAAGCCUGAGAGUCCCACGCAGGUACAAGUAUCUCUGUCGCCUCAGCCAUGCAUCAAGCCCCCGAGCCCGGCGUCGUCUCAUUACGAGCCGCCCGCGUGUCUGGACGAGCACUCCGACAGCCAGCUCACCGCUUACGAGCGCUCCGUCCGAGAUUCGGUGCUGCUGAUGAGUUUCACUCUGCCGCCAUCCUCUCAGGAGUCGUGUACUUCUCUGGAGGGCGCAUCCGAGUCGCCAUCAGUCAAUGAUUCUCCUCUGGUUGACCAGUUUGGCGGCUCGUCCAGCGAUAUCCGCAUCGAGACGACUUCGUUCUUGACUCCCGACCUCGACAAGGGCAACGUUUGGGUCAGGUCAGAAGAGCUGGAGUGCCCCGUAUACCCCGGUCUCCAAACCAACAGCUUCCGCGACCGCAAGAUUGGUGCAGGUGCGAUUAGCAGCAACAACAUAGAGGUAGAGUAG